CGGUUUACAUCACAUGGGAUCAAGCAACUCCCAAGAGUCAGUUUUCUUCAGCUUUCCAUUCCAUGCAACGUCAUACAACUGGUCAUACAACUGAAUCAUGGCACAUUAUCAGGGCAACAUGCACUGCGCUGUUACAAGUUCUUCAAUCUCAGUAUAUGAAAGUACCAUCUAAUAGAGAGGACUUUAAGGGCAUCAGCCGAGAUCGAGUUGGGAAAGCGUUAGAAUUGCCAAACUGUUUUAGUGCCAUUGAUGCAAAGCACACCACCAUACAAGCUCUUGCUUGUCGGGAUUUUCUUAAUUCUUCUACAAGGAAGGACGCUUAUAUGUUCUACUGACAGCAUGUGAUGCAAAUUACAGAGUUUGGCAGGGCACUGGAAGCAAGUGAUCUUGUCUUAUGCAAUCACCUUCAAUUCUAUCAGGUGCUGGCAUUGAGGUGCCCUUUUCGUGUGUGCAGGAGUGGAAGCAUUUGCAUGAAGCAUACUUUGCCCGUAUCUUGGCAGAAAUUGGAAGAUGCAGAGGCAGUGUUGGACUAUUACUAGAGUCAUACCAGGAGAGUCAUUGAGUAGAGCUUUGGGAUACUAACUCCAACGAAACAUUUUUUCAAAGGCUAGGCAUCACAUUCUCAUAUAACGCAGUGAAUUUUAGCAAAGCGCCUCCAACUUACACAAUAAUCACCAGCGAACCACUUAGUCAUCGCAACUACGUGUAUGGAAUACUAUGGAACCACAUGGAAUACUAGGAUAUGUCUGUUAUUGGUGCUUUCACCAGCUAAUGUUCUGGGCUAUCCUGGCGAGAAAGGUGACACUGGAUUAUCUGGGAAGAACGGUAUUAAGGGUCCUCCUGGUGCAACUGGCGAGACUGGAAAACAAGGAGUGUCGGGUCCACGAGGAGUAACUGGAGAUACCGGUCCUCAAGGUCCAGUAGGUUCUCCAGGUUUGCCUGGUCUUAAAGGAGUCCAAGGAAUAAAGGGAGACAAAGGAUACCAAGGAUCACAAGGUUUAGCAGGUUUAGAUGGAAAACCGGGCCCACCAGGACAUCCGGGACCAGAUGGUCCUCCCGGAAAAAAAGGCGUCAAGGGUGGUCGAGGCUUUACAGGUCACAAAGGAGAACAAGGUGAUCCAGGAAUACCAGGACCUACCGUCGACGAGAACACAAGAAAUUUAAUGAAAAGGUGUUGUGACCCUGUAACUGGCUUUCAGUCAAUAAUAGAAGAAAUUAUAGAAAAUAUAACUCAAAUGAAAAUUGAUCUGCUGAAUGGUUAUGACAAACCUGCAUUUCAUGUAGGAGGAAGUGGCGCUAUCGGAGUCUAUUCGUCUGGUCUUGUGACCCAAUGGUAUAGUUCCAGUGGAUCUUCCUACUCUCCUUACGUUCGUGGAGGCAUACAGUAUAGCAAUGGAAUCGCUACUGUACCAAGAGACGGUCUCUAUUAUGUUUACGUUCAGAUGAGGUUUUACAGCCACCCAAGUUACAGCUCCAGGGGACUAUUUUGCGUUGCAAUCAACGGUUCUUGUCAGUUUUUCUCGUACACGAUUACUCAAGACAAGGACGAUUUGUACACACCCUAUUCUGGACGAUCUCUGCUACUCAAAAAUAAAGAUCAACUAUCUGUGCGUUUCUCAAUUAGUAAUACUAACUUCCAUUUUUCUUCUCAGUAUACUUUCUUUGGUGCAUUUUUGAUCUAGAGGUUCUAUCAGCCUCUCUACGAAUUGCUUUCUACUUUGCAAUCAACCAGUUUUUGUUCUAAACUCUCUUCAUUUUUUUCUCUUGUCUUAGCUUUUCUGAUUUAUUCGCGUUUGUGUAUACCCAAUUACACAAUUUCUAAUGUGUUUGUUCUACAUGAA